AUGGCGGGACGGGAGGGCCCUGGGUGUCCCUUGGUGCCCCCUCGUCCAUGUGAUGGCAGGUGGACACGUGCGGCCACCCGGCCUGAGACGUCCCUGUGCCCAGAGCUCAGCGCCUCAGGGAGGGGGGUGUGGGUCCUGCUACCAGAACCCGGCUCAGGGAGGCGGCGGGGUGGCACCGUGGGGGCGCACAAUGCCCCCGCUGGGAGAUGGCCUUGGCUGGUCAGCGUCCGACGGUACAAUAAGGAGCUGGAGCUGUGGCAGCACCUGUGUGGGGGCUCCCUCAUCCACCACCAGUGGGUGCUGACCGCAGCCCACUGCACCCAGCGGGAGGACGUGGAGGCUUAUGGCCUCAGGGUUCAAGUUGGGCAGCUGAGACUCUAUGACCGUGACACACUGACCAAUGUGACUAAGAUCGUCCGCCACCCCAAGUUCAACCAGAGCCUGUCUGCAGAGGGGGGCGCGGACGUCGCCCUGCUGAAACUGGAGGCCCCUGUGGCACUCUCGGAGCACCUCAGCCUGGUCCCCCUCCCACCUGCCUGGCUGAAGGUCCCUGAGAGGAAGAUGUGCUGGCCCAGUCAGCAUGUUGUGCAGCCCUCACCACCACCCCUUCCAGAACUUCUCGUCCUCGCAAGCGCAGCUUGGUCUCCAGGAAACGCUCCGCUGCCCUGGCCCUACCAGCUGCAGGAGGUGAUGGUUCCCAUUGUGGGGAACAGGGUCUGUAACCAGCGCUACCAGAACUCUUCCAACAACACUGGCCAGAUCAUCAAGGAGGACAUGCUGUGUGCUGGGAGUGAGGGCCAGGACUCCUGCCAGGGAGACUCCGGGGGCCCCCUGGUGUGCAGCUGGAAAUGCACCUGGGUCCAGGUAGGGAUUGUGAGCUGGGGAUACAUCUGUGGUCAUCGAGACUUCCCUGGGGUGUAUGCCCGGGUGAUGAGCUACAUUUCUUGGAUCCGGAAGUAUGUUCCUCCUCCCCCUGGAUCCUAGAUGAGGCCAGGCAGGGUUCCCAUGAUGGGGGACCCUCCAUCUUCCUUGUUGACACCCCUACUGCUUUCCCAAUUCCAGCCUCUUCCUCCCAACCUCCUCACCCUUCGUCUCACCCUCCUGCCCUCUGGGUCACCCACCUGUUAACGAAAAAAAAAAAAAACCAUUGAAACC